UCUUUCAUAGUGCUUUUGCCUCACUGCUGCAAAAUAUGAAGUUUAUCUGCCUUGGAAUCCACAAAUCUUUCCUACUUCUGGUUAUCUUUGUGGUAUUUUCCCAUGGUUGGAGUCUCAGAGAGAUACGUAAUCAUGAUGCAUUUGUAAGCCUGCAAGAAGAGAAAGCUGCAACUAGAGAUAAGGAAGAGGUGAUGUACCCAAACGGGUCGAGCUUGCCCGAUUGCUCCCAUGCAUGUGGGGCAUGCUUUCCCUGCAAGAGGGUGAUAGUGAGCUUCAAGUGCUCUGCUGCAGAGUCCUGCCCUAUUGUUUACAGAUGCAUGUGUAAUGGCAAAUACUACCAUGUCCCUUCCAAUUGAUCAUGCCUGUUCCUAUAGAAUCCAAUCUUACUCGCAAGCCUUAUGUUAUUCUAAUGGUAACUGGCGUUCAGUCUCCUAUGUGUUGAACAGGAGCGUUUUCUUAUCUGUAAUACUUUAAAGUAUUAUUUCUCAUAUCCAAUAUAGCCAAUAUGUGUUCACUUCA